AUGCAAACAUCUCAGAAUCAUAAAAUUUCUUAUGGCUCUGGUGGGUUCUAUGUUGAGCCUGUGGAAAAUUUGGAGUCAUACUGCUUACCAUCAAGUGAGAACAUAGACAAUUACUCUUCAGGCCAAACAUUAGAACAAUAUUGCACUCUUGAAUCUGCUUCCACAAGUAACAGUUUCCCUUACCAAAAUUCUCCACCUGCUCUCAGUUUCUCGUCAAACAAUAGUCCUUUGUCAAAGCUAGAGUCAAACUCAUAUGUGUUAAGGCCACAGAAUUCCCUUGAAAUUGCUAGUGGCUCACCUGAGGAUGAUUCUUACCUGACUCACCUUGAUGACCUGACACAUAAGAUAAACGAGCUGGAAAGUGCUAUGCUGGGAACUAAUGCAGAUAUGCUAGAUAUCUAUGGCCCCAUAAUGCCAGAAGAAGCUGAUUCAUUUUUGUUAGAGGCUGAGAAGUGGAAGAAAAUGGAUGUGGUGUCUAGAGGGGAUUUGAAAGAGAUGCUUUAUACUUGUGCAAAGGCAAUGGCUGUGAAUGAUAUGGAGACAACUGAAUGGAUGAUAUCAGAGUCGCGUAAAAUGGUUUCCAUUUCAGGCAAUCCAAUUCAACGGUUGGGAGCAUAUGUUGUGGAGUCUCUUGUUGCAAGGAUGGCUGCUACAGGAAGCACAAUCUACAAAUCCUUGAAAUGUAGUGAGCCUACUGGUAAUGAACUACUUUCAUACAUGCAUGUACUCUAUGAAGUUUGUCCAUACUUCAAGUUUGGGUACAUGUCAGCAAAUGGAGCAAUUGCUGAAGCACUGAAGGAGGAAAGGGAAGUCCACAUAAUAGACUUUCAGAUUUCCCAGGGAACUCAAUGGGUGAGCCUGAUUCAGGCUCUUGCUCGCCGUCCCGGAGGGCCACCAAAGAUCAGAAUAUCUGGUGUUGAUGACUCCUUUUCAUCUUAUGCCCGGGGAGGAGGCCUUGAUAUUGUUGGAAAAAGGUUAUCAGCACUUGCACAGUCAUGUAAUGUACCCUUUGAGUUCAAUGCUGUGAGAGUACCUGCUUCUCAAGUGCAACUUAAAGACCUUGAACUUCGCCCUUAUGAAGCUGUGGCAGUGAACUUUGCCCUUAUCUUGCACCAUGUGCCUGAUGAAACUGUGAACAGCCACAAUCAUCGUGAUCGGUUGUUGAGAUUGGCCAAGCAAUUGUCUCCUAAGGUGGUGACUCUGGUUGAGCAAGAAUUUAACACCAACCACGCGCCAUUCUUGCAGCGAUUCGUUGAGACAAUGAACUACUACUUCUCUGUUUUUGAUUCUAUUGAUGCUGCUCUUCCAAGGGAGCACAAAGAGAGGAUUAAUGUGGAGCAGCAUUGUUUGGCUCGUGAAGUUGUCAACUUAAUAGCAUGUGAAGGAGCAGAAAGAGUUGAACGUCACGAGCUUCUGAAUAAGUGGAGAAUGCGUUUCACAAUGUCUGGAUUUACGCCUUAUCCACUGAACUCUGUUAUUAAUGCUUCAAUCAAGGAUCUUCUGCUGAGCUACCAUGGCCACUACACUCUAGAAGAGAAAGAUGGUGCACUAUUUCUUGGUUGGAAGAAUCAAGUUCUUAUUGCCUCUUGUGCUUGGAGAUGA